GCUGGUAGUCCAUCGGUUCUUCUUGCGAUUUUCGCGAUCGUUUCGAUCCUACAGGAGAGUAUUAUAGCACAAUUCCUUGAACCGAAUUGCGGUCUCACUGGGAUAGCUCCAAAAAUAAUGCACGGCCAGAAUGCAGUCCAUGGAGCCAAUCCCUGGAUGGCAUACAUUUAUAAAACAGUCAAUCAAACUGAAACUGAGUUCAUAUGCGGCGGAACUCUUAUACACAGUGAAUUUGUGUUGACCGCAGCUCAUUGUAUCAUUAAUGAAGACAUUCUUGCCGUUCGUCUUGGAGAAUAUUAUUCAGAGAGUAGAUCCAGUACUUCCUGGGAUUACGCAGUUACCCUGGCCUUCCGAAAUAAACGUUAUGCACAAGCGGAACAUAUCCAUGAUAUAGGUAUAUUGAGAUUGGGCCCAGAGGUACGAUUCAAUGCUUUUAUUAGGCCCAUUUGCAUCCUAACGGAUCCCACAAAGAUUCCUAACAUCAGAACCUACAAAGCCGCAGGUUGGGGAACAACUGAGAACGAAAAAGUAUCGAGGGUUUUAAAAACUUUAGAGCUAAACGAACUGGAUGCAUCCGACUGCUAUAAUGCUUUUUGGGUAAGGACAACCGAGAACCAGAUCUGCGCAGGACAUCCCAUUGGCGAUACCUGUAUGGGCGACUCUGGAGGUCCAUUGGUCCAACAGGUUUCCAUUGACGGCCAAAUGCGGUACGUGCAGUUUGGAAUCGUCAGUUUUGGCAGCACGCAAUGCAGAAGUCCUGGUGUCUACACUCGGGUAACCAGCUAUAUAGAGUGGAUCCUCAAAGUCGUAAAUAAUUACACGGUAAACAAGCGAUGGGACAUCCAGUUUCGAAGAGAACCAGGAAACUAUAAUUAG